GGGGACCCUGAGCGCUAAAGAUGGAACGGGAGUUGGUGGCCUACAUCUCCGUUUGCAUAAGCAGGGUUUCUAAGUUGGUCCAUGACCUUCCAAGCAGUUCAAGGGAGAGUACUUUAUACAGCUUGAUCAGAGAGGACAAGGUGAGCAGCUGCCUCUCCUCACCUCUGGGAAAGCUCUCUCCUGGGUGCCAUCUGCCUGUGGACACAGACCCUGCUUGCAACUGGCUUUGAGCAACCACAGGCAGAAAAUUGCUACAUUGUCCUGACAUUAGAGCGACUAAUUCAGCAUCUCAGCGUGGCCAGAGCGUGAAGGGAGCAGAAAAGCAUCCCUGGCCAACAUCCUUGCCUCAGCAUCUUUAUCAGGCCUCAGGACACCCUAGAGCUCCAUCAUCAUCAGGAUGGCCCCAGGCCCACCAAAGCUCCCCACCAUAGCAGAGGACCACCAGAAGAAUGUUGGAUAAGAAGCAGCCAGGACUUGGCAAGCAGACACAGUGAUCUCCAAGCCUCUGAUGGAGAAGAAGCGCCGUGCACGCAUCAACGUGUCACUGGAGCAGCUCAGGUCUCUUCUGGAGGGACACUACUCACAUCAGAUAAGGAAACGAAAGCUGGAGAAGGCUGAUAUCCUGGAGCUGAGUGUUAAGUACAUGAGAAGCCUCCAGAACUCACUGCAAGGUCUCUGGCCAGUAUCCAGUGGGGUGGACUACCCGUCCGGCUUCCAAGGCGGCUUGCCUGGCGUGGACCAGAGGCUUCGGCCCGGAGAGGGCGACAGCGGCCUGCGCUGCCCCCUGCUGCUCCAGCGCAGGGCAGGCAGCACCACGGACAGCGCCAACCCACAGGCGGUCUCCGUUCUCAACCCCUGCCUCCCGGCCAUCUGGUCCCCUGGUCGCACUGCAGGUGGCUCCCACUCCCCGCAGUCCCCUCUCCCUCUCUCUGGAGGUCUCCUUGAGUCCUCCACCGACGUUCUGGCACCACAACCUGCAUCAAACUGCCAGGCCGAGAGUCCGAGACCUGCGUUUUGCGUGUGGCGACCUUGGUGAGGCCUAGGCAAGGAUUUAGACUCAAGCAAGCCCUCACCCCCGCCCCACCCCCCAAGCCCAAUCACUCCGCCGUCUAGUCUAGGGAAACUAUUUGGGGGCACCCAUGAUGACUGCAGGGACUCUAUCAGUCGGUGGCCUGGUGGGGCUGCAGGGAAUUCCACGGAGCCUUUGGCGAAUCGGGUCUGCACGUCUAGGUGAAUUCAUCUACUACAGCCAGACCAGCUCUCGACCUCCCGAUUCUAGAGAAGAUGGGAGGGGACGGGUGAGCUGUAUCCCUUUCCCAGGGACCCGGGACUGGCAGCCCGCCCCGCCCCCUCUCCGCGGCUGCGUCACGGUGGGAAGGUCUCGGUUGCUAGCUGCGCAGAGUGGACCCCUCGCAGCGAGGAGAAUUGCUGUCCCGCCCUGGUCCAUUCAAGCGGCCUCCGGAGCUCGGUUCCCAUCGACACAAAGCGCGCCGGGCCCCGCCCCUUCAGCGAGGGGCUCCCAUCCUACUACCACCCAAGACCCUCUCACCACCAUCGCAAACCAUCACCCCUCUGCACCGAUCCCACUCUGCCAGCGCGCGCUCUCAGGCCCUCAACUGCGCAAAUACCUAUGGCUGCGGCGCGCUGGCGCGGAGCAUUGGCUCCGCCCCUAAGGUACUUUGCCUGCCCGACGCAGCGCCUCGCCACUGUCUAGAGUCCCAGGUCCCACCCAUCCCUGCGUAGCACUGCUGGGACCUGAGCAUUUUGUGUUCUGCAAAAGACCACUGUAGUGCCUUCUGAGCCCUAGACUGGAACUAAGAGCCUGUUAGUUACUUUGCGCUUCGACUGUGUUGGGGUGAGGGCUCCUGUCAUGGACCAGUCUGGGGUCCAGUUCGAAAUCCCAGCACCUCCUAUUACCAACAUACAAUUAUGAAUAAAGACUGGGCGUGAAU